AUGGUGUAUCGUUCAGAAGCCUACAACAUCGUUUUGUCCAUGAAAUACAUGUUUGAAUUUUCUAACUCGUUUUAAUUGGGAAUAAAGCUCAAAAGCAAUCACGUUUGCAUGUGAAACUGAAUCCUACUCAUUACUCCACGUGCUCCUAAAUCAUUUUGUUUUGAUCUGAUUUCGCGUUCACAUCACUGCGUUCACAUCCUAAUCGGAAUUAGGAAACGCGGAAAAUUCCGAUUAUCUGAUUCGUUGAACGCGGCACGGUUUCAAAACGAACGCAAUCAAUUUUCAUCCGGUGCAGAACACGCAUACACGGAAUCCCUGGGUGAGAUUCAUCGAACCCCCUCAGUGUUUAUGCGGGCACCUGGCUCAUGUGCGGGAGGCAGCCCGGUUGCUACCAACUUUCAGGCGGUGCAAAACACGCUUACACGAGCGCCCGGGCGAGAUUAAUCGAACCCCCUCAGUAACUUCAGAAGAUUUGAGUGACAAGUUACGUCAUUUGCAAGAGGGAAAGCAUCUUGUUGCCUUGUAUUCGGACGUUAGCAUAGCAUGCUUGUAGCUAGCUAACCCAUGAACGUUGACAGUUAAAGACAGCUAAACAUCGAGGACUUCAGUAAGAUAUCAUCUCACUUUAUCACAUGUUCCAUUCAUAUGCGUAAAAUGCAAUGCUUUUUAUGUUGUUGAAAAAUAUUGUGUCUUGUUGCAGCUGGAAAUGGUGGCUAGCAUGCUAGCUAGUUAGCUAACGUUAACGUAGAUAGCUGUGAUGAGUUACAAUCAAUCUGACUGUUUUGUGCCAGUCGUGGAUGUCUUCAUGAUUGGGAAAGUGAAUUACUGACAUUUUGCACUCGAGUACUAACAUUAUUUUAAUUGCUCAUAGCUAUGCUAUCUGUUUAUCUAAUGUUGGCAAUUUUUGAAGAUAAUGAGGAGCCAAUGAACAUAGCUAACUAGAAAGCAAACUACAGGGAUUAGGUAGAUGAAAAGCUUUGACAAGCUGCCCAGUGUUGCUAGGUAACGGGACACCCAGCGGGCGACGAGUAAGCUGUUUAUAACAUUAGGGUAGUUUGCAAGUAUCUGCUAGAUUGAAAGAGGGAUACAACAUCCUUGUUUCUCCAGCAGUAAUGAUUCGAUUUCAUACUCAUCUCAAAACAAGCAACCAGCAGAACACAUACACACACACCAUAUGUACCAUGAUUGGUUAUUAUUGUUGUAGGAUUGUGCCACCAUGUUGGUGCCUAUAUUCACCCUCAAGCUGAACCAUAAAAUCAACCCUCGCAUGGUUACAAUGGGCAAGUUUGAUGGGAUCCACCCAUGCCUCACUGCAGCCACACAAGCAGGGAAGGUGUUCAUCCAUAACCCUCAUACACGUGGCCAACGGCAGGCAGCCCACCGUCUGAGUCAGAGUGCCCAGGAUUCGGACAUCUCUCUGCUCAAUAUCAACCAGGCUGUGAGCUGCCUGACAGCUGGCACACUAGGACCCAACACCACUGGAGACACGCUCCUCGUGGGCACCCAGACAAACCUGCUGGCUUAUGACGUACACGACAAUGCUGACAUCUUCUACAGAGAGGUGACAGAUGGGGCCAAUGCCAUUGUUUUAGGGAAAUUGGGGAACAUUGAGUCCCCCCUCGCCAUCAUCGGCGGAAACUGCGCUUUGCAAGGAUUUGACUAUGAGGGGAAUGACCAGUUCUGGACGGUGACGGGGGAUAAUGUGCGAUCAUUGGUGCUCUGUGAUUUUACUGGUGAUGGAAAAAAUGAGCUUCUUGUCGGAUCAGAGGACUUUGACAUUAGGGUAUUCAAAGAAGACGAACUUGUGUCUGAGAUUGCUGAAAAUGAGACAGUUACCUCCCUCUGUCAUAUGCAUGGCAGCAGGUUUGGUUAUGCUCUGGCCAACGGCACUGUGGGUGUAUAUGACCGCACUGCCCGCUACUGGAGAAUCAAGUCUAAGAACCAUGCAAUGAGCAUCCAUGCAUUUGACCUUAACGCUGAUGGUGUUGUAGAACUCAUCACAGGCUGGUCCAAUGGAAAGAUUGAUGCACGGAGCGAUCGAACAGGUGAAGUCAUCUUCAAAGACAACUUCUCGUCCUCUGUGGCUGGAGUGGUGGAAGGGGACUAUCGCAUGGAUGGACAGAUACAGCUAAUCUGUACCUCUGUGGAGGGAGAAGUGCGUGGCUACCUGCCUGCCAGUAAGGAGAUGAAGGGGAAUCUGAUGGACUCCAGUGUGGAGCAGGAUCUGAUCCGAGAGCUGAGUCAGCGCAGGCAGAACCUGCUACUGGAACUACGCAACUAUGAGGAGAAUGCCAAGCAGGCUGUCCCAGGAACUUCAGAACGGGACACCCAGAUGGGGGUGAUACCAGCCAAUACCCAGCUCCAGACUGUCCUCUCUGUCAGAGCUGCCACGGAGUCCCAGAGGUCACACAUAGAGCUCAGCAUCUCCACGCCCAAUGAGACCAUAAUUCGAGCCGUGCUGAUUUUCGCAGAGGGAAUUUUUGAGGGUGAAAGUCAUGUGGUACAUCCCAGUGCCCAGAAUCUAUGUGGUUCUAUCUGUGUUCCCAUCAUUCCCCCCAAAGAUAUCCCUGUGGAUCUACACAUCAAAGCUUUUGUUGGCGGCAAGAGCAGCAGUCAGUUCCACGUCUUUGAGAUCACACGUCAGCUGCCUCGCUUCGCUAUGUAUGAUCUUAAUGUUGAGCCUGAGGCCCCCCAACCUACUGGGAAAGUUACCUUCACCAUCAACGACAGGCCACAGAGAGUGGUCAUGUGGCUGAACCAGAACUUCCUUCUACUAGAGGGCAUUGAUACCCCAGACGUGACGUUCACCUCUCUACGUGGCGGAGGACUACUCACCAUCAGCAUGCUAAGCACUAGUGGAGAGAUCACACUAAACACAGAUGACAUAGACCUGGCAGGGGAUCUAGUCCAAUCACUGGCCUCCUUCCUGGCCAUAGAGGACCUACAGGCAGAGGCAGACUUCCCCACAUACUUUGGGGAGCUGCGAACAACCCUAACUGAGGUAGAUGACUAUCACUCUGUCCACCAAAAGCUGACGGCGGCCAUAGCAGAUCAUUCUAAUCACAUCCGUAACAUGCUGGUGCAGGCAGAAGACGCACGGCUCAUGGGUGACAUAAGGAACAUGAAGAAGCGCUACAUUGAGCUCUAUGACCUGAACAGAGACCUGAUCAAUGAGUACAAGAUCCGAUCCAACAAUCACAAUGCUCUCCUCGCUUGCCUUAAGUCUGUCAACCAGGCCAUUCAGAGGGCAGGGAGACUGAGAGUGGGAAAGCCAAAGAAUCAGGUUAUCACAGCCUGCCGAGACGCUAUCAAAAACAACAAUGUCAACGUCCUGUUCAAGAUCAUGAAAGCAGGCACAGCGUCUUCCUGAGGGCACCGCACUCUGGUUGCCUGAAGUCCUAAAGGGAUUGGAAUCCCUGAGACGCCAGUCUGGGGGGAGCAAUGGUGGGAGGCUUUACAUGAGAGAAGAAAGACUAGUUCUCUAGUGGCUUGGCCAGAAGAUGAAACAGGCUUCACCUAGACCCCCAGGUGCCAUUGGGCAGCAGUGAUGUUUUAGAGGAGUCAGUGAUUGGGAGUAACUGUCAACUUGUAUAUGUUGUUUUGUAGCCAAAGAACUAUACUCCUUGAAUGUUAAAUGGGACCAGCAGAGUGAGAUACAUGUUUACUUUUUGUAGAUUGUAAAUAGACAGGGAACUGUAUUAUGUGUGUGCAGAAAGAAAUAUCAUUAAAUUACUGUCUUAUAACUUAA